AAUACCCGCUUUGAUAAAGGAAGCAUCUAACGCGUCGUGAUCAGUGAACGAUCUUUGGUUGACAAGUAAACUCGUGAGCAAAAUGAACAAGUCAAUUGUCAUCUUUAUGGCGGUUUGCCUAAUCAGUGUCCACGCUUUUGUGAAACGUGAUACAGAAAAUGCAAAUCAAUUAGACACCUUAUCAAAACAAGUAAAGGAUUUCGCUGAAAGCGUUAAUAAACAAUUGGGCGAAGCUUUUAACCCUGAAAAUAUAAAGAAAAAUUUUAAUGAUGCAAUUGAUAACAUUAAAAAAGCUGUUGAUAAUAUUGGAGCAAAAGAACCAGCCAAGGAAUCAUAAUAGUUUCAUACUAUCAUUAUUUUAAAUGAUAUAUAACUAUAAAAUGUAAAGUCAUAAAAAAUAUAAAUAUCAUUAUUGUUUUAAA